CCAUGGGAUGCUGUGACUGGAUGGGGGCGCGCGCGGCAGGCAGGGUCGCGAUGGCUGUGUGCGGUGUGUGCUGGCUGCUGGCCGUGCAGGCCACUGUGCUGAGCAGCACGGCGGCCGACAAGAUCCCGCUGGGGGCCAUCUUCGAGCAGGGCACGGACGAGGUACAGUCGGCCUUCAAGUUCGCCAUGCUGACCCACAACCAGAACGUGACGGCGCGCCGCUUCGAGCUGCAGGCCUAUGUGGACGUCAUCAACACGGCGGACGCCUUCAAGCUGUCGCGCCUCAUCUGCAACCAGUUCUCGAGGGGCGUGUUCUCGAUGCUGGGCGCCGUCAGUCCCGACUCGUUCGACACACUGCACUCCUACAGCAACACCUUCCAGAUGCCCUUCGUCACGCCCUGGUUCCCCGAGAAGGUGCUGACGCCCUCUUCUGGGUUCCUGGACUACGCCGUCAGCAUGAGGCCCGACUACCACCAGGCCAUCAUCGACGUGGUGCGCUACUACGGUUGGAGAACGAUAAUCUACCUCUACGACUCCCACGACGGGCUGCUGAGACUGCAGCAGAUCUACCAGAGCCUGCGGCCCGGGCGACAGUCCUUCCAGGUGGAGUCCGUCAAGAGGAUACAGAACGCAUCCGAGGCCAUCGACUACCUGCACAGCUUGGAGGAGCUCAGCAGGUGGGGCUACAAGUACGUGGUGCUGGACUGCCCCACUGACAUGGCCAAGGAGAUCGUGGUGAGUCACGUGCGGGACGUGACCUUGGGCAAGCGGACCUACCACUACCUGCUGAGCGGCCUGAUCAUGGACGACCGCUGGGAGACGGAGGUGAUCGAGUACGGCGCCGUCAACAUCACGGGGUUCCGCAUCGUGGACUCGUCGCGGCGCUACGUCAGGGACUUCCUGGAGGGCUGGCGGCGCCUGGACCCCGCCACGUCGCACGGCGCGGGCCGCGAGUCCGUCUCGGCGCAGGCCGCGCUCAUGUACGACGCCGUGUUCGUGCUGGUGGAGGCCUUCAACAAGCUGCUCCGCAAGAAGCCGGACCUGUUCCGCGGCAACUUCCGCCGCGGCCAGAUCUUCAACAACGGCAGCCGCGGCAUCGACUGCAACACCAGCACGCACCGCGUCGCGCCGUGGGAGCACGGCGACAAGAUCUCCCGCUUCCUCAGGAAGGUGGAGCUGGAGGGUCUGACGGGUGAGGUGCGCUUCAACGAGGACGGUCGCCGUCAGAACUACACCCUGCACGUCGUCGAGAUGACUGUCAACAGCGCCAUGGUCAAGGUGGCCGAGUGGACGGACGAGGCGGGCUUCAUGCCGGUCGCCGCCAAGUACGUGCGCCUCAAGCCGCACUACGACAUCGAGAAGAACCGCACCUACAUAGUGACCACCAUCGUGGAGGAGCCGUACAUCAUGAUGCGCACCCCGGAGCCAGGGGAGAACCUGACGGGCAACGACAGGUUCGAGGGCUACUGCAAGGACCUGGCCGACCUCAUAGCGCGGCGGCUUGGCAUCAACUACGAGCUGCGCAUCGUGAAGGACGGCCAGUACGGCGCCGAGAACCCCGACGUGAAGGGUGGCUGGGACGGCAUGGUGGGCGAGCUGGUCAGGAAGGAGGCCGACAUCGCCAUCGCGUCCAUGACCAUCACGUCGGAGCGCGAGCGGGUGAUCGACUUCAGCAAGCCCUUCAUGUCGCUGGGCAUCAGCAUCAUGAUCAAGAAGCCGAUGAAGCAGAAGCCGGGGGUGUUCAGCUUCCUGAACCCUCUGUCCAAGGAGAUCUGGGUGUGCGUCAUCUUCUCCUACGUCGGCGUGAGCAUCGUACUGUUCAUCGUGUCACGCUUCUCGCCGUACGAGUGGCGCCUGGCCGACCCCCAGAGCUCGCCCCAGGGCAGCUCCGUCGCCAACGACUUCUCCAUCCUCAACAGCCUGUGGUUCUCUCUGGGCGCCUUCAUGCAGCAGGGAUGCGACAUCUCCCCCAGGUCCAUCUCAGGCCGGAUAGUGGGCAGCGUGUGGUGGUUCUUCACGCUCAUACUUAUCUCGUCGUACACGGCCAACUUGGCGGCCUUCCUCACUGUUGAGCGCAUGGUGGCACCCAUCAACUCUCCCGAGGACCUGGCCUCGCAGACCGAGGUGCAGUACGGCACGCUGUACCACGGCGCCACCUGGGACUUCUUCAGGAGGUCGCAGAUCACGCUCUACAGCAAGAUGUGGGAGUUCAUGAACUCGCGCAAGCACGUGUUCGUGCGCACGUACGACGAGGGAAUCAGGCGCGUGCGCACGUCCAAGGGCAAGUAUGCGCUGCUGAUCGAGUCGCCGAAGAACGACUACAUCAACGAGCGCGAGCCCUGCGACACCAUGAAGGUGGGCAGGAACCUGGACGCCAAGGGCUUCGGCAUCGCCACGCCGCUGGGGUCUCCACUCAGGGAUGCCAUCAACCUGGCUGUGCUGUCCCUCAUCGAGAACGGCGAGCUGACGAAGCUGAAGAACCGCUGGUGGUACGACCGAACCGAGUGCAAGCACGGGGACAAACAGGAUGCAUCCCGGAAUGAGCUGUCAUUAAGCAACGUGGCGGGCAUCUUCUACAUCCUGAUUGGCGGGCUGAUACUGGCCAUGGCAGUGGCGCUGCUGGAGUUCUGCUACAAGUCGCACACAGAGGCUUCUCGAGCCAAGAUCCCGCUCGCGGACGCCAUGAAGGCCAAGGCGCGCCUCACCAUCGGCGGCGGUCGGGACUUCGACAACGGCCGGUACUACACCCCGGCCAACCAGAUCAACAACGCCGACGUCGACCCCGUGCACAGCAACACCCACACCCAGGUCUGAUGGUAGAGCCGCCCUGCUCUGGACACCACUGCCCGGUCCUCGCCAAGGUCACCGGCCUCCCUCCAGCUCUUCUCGACCUGCUGCGAGCCUGCACGCCGUGCUCUGGAGCUCCUGGUCGCCAUAUGUACCGUCACGCCCCAACAGUCUCUUUGCACUUCCUGCCGUGAUAGCAUGGAAGCGAUGUUUAGUGAAGCAACUGUUUCCUUGCUUGUGAAACCAUCUAUAGCUGAACAUAACACAAAACAAUGUAAUUGAAUAAUCUUAAUUUUAAAGAAAUCAGACUCCUGACUCUAGUGUGGCACUCCAACAUAUUUACGACGAGGAAUAAUUUGAGGGACAAAAGGGUAGGUAUCAUCAGCUGGUAAAACACUGAACAUAUUCUAAAUGUUUCCUUAUAGAGACCAUUGACUAUGAAAGUUGUUUUUUAAUGAAUCUUAUAAUGUUGGUGUUUACAUCAAUAAGUAUAGGGAAGAAUAUAAUUAUCAGUGAAAAUGGAUGAGUAUGUGGACAUGUGAGCAGAGCUGUUUGGCAAAAUGUGGUGUUAUCACAUGCACUUGUCGUUUCUUUCCAACCAUUUCCGAUCAACAUCGCUCUGCCAAUGUCGUUCGAUGUCUGGGUGUGCGAGUGAAAGAUGUAGCCACUGCAUGAAGUCUGGGACAAAAUGUGCCUGAGAAUCAAGGCAACAACUUAUAUCCUGCUCACUGAUUGUUUGGAUUUAUCAUCUGAAUGUUUUCCUUUAACAAGUCGACAAAUUCCCACAAACUAGUUGUACAUUAAAGCUCGCAUUAAUUGCGUGUAUGUAGGAGAAUGAUAUAAAGAAAGAAACAGGUAUCUACAGCAGAAAAUAUCCAAGAUUAUUGACUCACUGAUUUCGCACAUAUAAAAAAAAGACGUAAUUGCUUAACCUAAUCCCGGAAAAAAUUUCCCGUUGGCUGAGAAGCACUAUAACACAGGUUGACUUCUCUUUUGCACUCAUGUGCGAAACCUUGUAUAAUUUGGGAGUCAAUGAAGGCCCUGGGGUAUUAAUAAUGGAUCCUAUUCGUGUUUUAUGUCAUCGUGCCUGCAGAUGAUAUAUGCGAAAUCUCGAUAUUCAUUAUUGGACAGUUCUCAGUAAAGUAAAUUUUGCUUAGAUUGCUACAGUAUCUAAUUAAACUAGUUGGAUUAACGUUCUUCUGUAACGCAAUUCAGCAGAUCAUUUGGUGGUGUCGUCCAGCUAGAAUUUCUGAGAAAAAUGGAGAAAUACAAGCAUUAUAAGGCAUAUUUUUGUCGUAUGGCAGUUUCAAAAAUUACUGCAAAUGAUGGUGAAGGAGUCAUUGUGUUACUAUUCUGUACUACCAUCGCACGAAUGCGAUCUAUUAUGUGGCGCUAUUUAAAUUAAUAAUUUAAUUUUAUAAGUGUCAAAUUAUUGUAAGUGUCCGGUGAUUUCAUAAUUAUAUACAUACUAACACGUAAUGCCCAUAACUAAAGAGUUACUUUAUAAACAAUGUUAACAGAUGUUUUCUCAUGGGACAACAUAAACACAUUUUUUUUAGAGUCAAAUGCGAACGGGCUACAUAUAGGUAGAUGUUCAUGUAAAAAGCACUGAAUGCUAAAUAUCUCAUUAUUUAAAAAAAAAUUUGGAAGAUAAAAAUGAUUACUGUGAGUCAACCUCAGAAGAUAGACAUAUGUUAUCACGAACUUUUCUGUAGAUUUUUUCAAGACCUACAGUUCUGUAGUACAUUAAUUUGAUGUAUCAGUCAUAUAUAAGUCAGCGUAAGCCAUGUAAGUGCCAUAAAAGUUUCUUUUUAUGAAUACAUUACAAAACAUCGAAAUUUCUGUAUUAUCUCUGAAUUUAAUAUGAAUAUUAGAUACAUAAACCUUCCGGAAAAAAAUAUCUACGUAAAUAUUGGUGAAAACCACAUAAACGUUCGUGUGUAGUAUAGUAGAGGUAAUCGAACAGAGAGAGGCGGAUAGCAACUUUGUAUUAUAAUAUUCAAUAAAUAUUAAAACAUGUGGUGUGAAAACUUAAAACAAAAGAUGUAAAUGCACCGCAGUUUAUUGAAUAAAAUCCCUGUAACUUUUAGAGUAACAAAGAAAUGAGGCGAUUUAUUUUUGAGACUUAUGAAACUCUUUCGAACCAUUUUUUAUCUCUAACAGGAAUAUUCGAGACUAUCCUUUCUUUCUAACGUGGUUGGGUGUCCACCAUUCCCAUCUCUUAUCGAACUAGGCAAGUGCUGUGCCACUAAUUACAAAGCGCGAUACGGCUCUUCGUCGAAAUCUUUCGGUAUUGAUCUACUUUAUCUUCCAGUGCUGGUUAUCUUCGCCAUCUGCUGAAAAAUAUUGAGAUCUUUCUGAUAGCACGCCAGGUCUGUAAUUGUGCUGAAAAAAGAUUAGGUUUCAUAAAAACAAGCACAGUUGUGAUUUAAUACAGUUUCUUGGACAAACGCCAUUGCAGUAUUGCACUUUUGGUCAUUGGAAAAUUUCAUAGAUGGAAAAUAAGACAUUAAAAGGAAAACAUAAACUCACAGAAAACAACCCCAAUUCAGCUGAUGUCAAACAGAUAAACCAAACGAUGAACCUAAACAGCUAUGGAUAACGAAAGACGAAAGCACAGUCGAACACAUUCAAAACUUAAAUAUCAGACACACAGGAAUUUCGUGAAAGGAAUUUAGUCAUGAAAAUAUAAUAACAUCACAGACGAACAUAGUUUCCAAAAAUUCGCAACUAUAUUGGUCAUAGGAACAGAUUGAAUAAAUCAUUCAAAAAACGCACAUUUUUAAUUGCGGGAUUUGGCUUUUGCCUUGAUAUCAGGCCGAGACUGUGUCCCUAGCAGUUAUCCUAACAUGUAGAAUGCUAACUAAAGUUUUUUGUAAAUAUAUUGUAAUACAUAUUUACUCGUGUGCCAUGUUAUGUCCAAAAAAAAGAUUAGCCCGCCUGCUGCCCUGUGACUGAGGCUGCCAUUGCACAUGUGUUCGACGUGGCGAAUCUUGAUUCUCCCGGGUGUGUCUCUGUGAACAUGUCAUAAUUGUUAUCUACUCAUUGUUGCAUCCUUAUUUAGUGAUUGGAUCAUUCCUUGGCAGAACUUGUGAUGUUCUUAUGAUUAUUAUAUUUCAGAAGUGUAAAUAAACCAACUGAUUAAAUUUUUUAAACUA